UAUUUCCUAGGAAAUAAGCGAACUGUCAUCAACUUAAGUAACUUGUUUGUUAAAUAUUAUUUUCUAUUUGUUCCGGAUAUCAGCGUUUUUCGCCAGAAGUGCUUUCUUUGUUUCUUGAAUGGAAAAUAGACGCACCCAGAAUUGUCUCAAAGUGCCUACACGUCUACACGUUCGAUUGAGGUGGUUUUUUGUUUGACGUCGUUGAGGUCAGGUUUAUUGGGUGCAAACAAAAGGUUUCGAGUUAACGCGUUUUGGUUAUGAAAUCAAUAUGACUGCUAUGUCUCGAAGGUAGCUGCCAUCUCAUUACCUUGGUGACAGAGGUAAACAAACCCUUUUUGUUGUACCUUUUGUGCUAAAAUUAAAGAAAAUACCUCCGAUUCAAGGUAUUACCUCGUUUACAUCUCUUUGUCAUAAAAAAUCAGUAAACAUACAAAGCAUAAUCGGAAAUCUGAACGAGGUCAAGCAUCCCCGCACUCACAUGAUCUCAUAAAUCAAUGACUCCUGAAUCAUGCUGGGUCAGUCGGGGGAAGUAACGAUUUAUGUCGUUCAUACAAGGAAACCAAGAUUCGACUUUAGAAGAUAAUCGCUUUUGUGAAGAUUUGUCACCCCCGUUUCUUGGCUUAUUGUUCCCGCAAGCCUAUCUUUUUGCCUGAUACCUUAACAGUCUCUGGACCGAUGAAAGUCAGGGCACAGAUUGAAAGUAAACAAGAUCGAGUUGCCAAAGCAACGAACAAUAAGUUCUUAUCUACUAGCUUGACGGAAGUACUGUACUCUAACGGAUGUAACUGGUCAGUUUUAUUUCCUGCUGUUCCCGCUUUAUUUUUUGUCUGUUACUGUGGUUCUUCAGUUGGUUUGGGCCUCCUUGAUGGACGUGGUCCACGGGAUGGACGUGGUCUCCUGGAUGGACGUGGUCUCCUGGAUGGACGUGGUCUUCGAGAUGGACGUGGUCUCCUAGAUGGACGUGGUCUCCUGGAUGGACGUGGUCUACGGGAUGGACGUGGUCUCCUGGAUGGAUGGGGUCUCCUGGAUGGACGUGGUCUUCGGGACGGAUGUGGUCUGCCAGAUGGACGUGGUUUACCAGACAGGCGUGGUCUUCUUGCAUCUUCUUCCUUCGGUUGUCGAGAUGGUCUGUCCGGUCUUUUACAUUUCUGAAAUUCUCUGUAACAUUGGCGUCUUGCCUCUUUAUCUUUUCCAGCAUUGCGAAAACACUUGACGGCCUCCUCAAGGCACUUUCCCUGCAAGGAUAUAAAAAACCUUGUCACCUUGUUCAGUUCUACUUGGUGGUGUCACCUUUUAUGUGAAUCAAAGCUAGCACCUAUUUCUAAUGCUCUUAAUUUUCAUUUUCAUCGAUCGAGUGAGAUUCAGUACAAUGUAUAUCAGUUGUCGAACAUAAAAUUAUCUCCAAUAAAUAAAUCUUACAUACCAAAAUUAAAGUUGGAUGAGGUCCUCCAGAAGGGCGUGGUCUUCCAGAUGGGCGUGAUAGUAAAGCAUCUUGAGCAUCCACCAUCAUCUAUUGAAUGGAAACAUGCCAGUUCUAGUUAUACAUUAUAUAGUGUGCAAGUUACUGCUAAAAUAUAGCCUUAUGUAAUACAAGUAUUACACAUAAAUGGGAAAAGCAGGACUGCAAAAUCAAAGAAGAAAAAACAUUUUCAUAAUUGAAAUUCGAAAACUGCUAACUAAACUAACUUGUUUAACAAAACUA